CCUACACCUGUGCGGAUGACAUCACUUCCUGUAGGCUCGGAUGCACAGGUUUUCACAUGCAGAACUGCACCUGCUUUGGAUGUAUAUCGCUUUAUUUACACGCCGCCGUUUCUCGAGAUGUCCGCGUCCGCAGAUGUAGAGAGCCAGUCGCCCGCCGCGCGCCCCCGCAGCCGGUAUCUGGACACCUUCCUUACCGUGUCCGUGAUCGCACUCUUCUUCAUGUUUAUGGUCACGCUGGCGGGAGCGCUGUACUUCGCCAAACACAUCGAGGACGAGAUAAACGCGAGGGCGACGCGACAUGUAGAUGGAGUUACGGACUCGCUGGUUGCGUCGAUCCGCGACAGUGGAAACGCGUAUAAGAUGCAGAAUUUUGCUUACCUGAGAGCCACUGAAAGUGAACUCAAAACAGGUGUGAUGGCGUGGGAACCUUUCGCUUUUGGAAAGGGUCAAACCAUUGGCUCUCUCUACAGCUAUGAGAAAAAACAGAAUGUGCUGAACAUCAACGAAAGCGGAAGCUACUUCCUGUACGUUCAGCUCAAUUUUUCCUGCUCAGGACAAUGUCCAUCUGGCCAAUUCACUGUCAUCUUUAGCAAUAAACACAAUAGCGAGGAGCUCACCUGCACCGUCUUGCUGCCUGAAUGGAGCAAAGAAAUGCCUCACACUCAGACAUGUUGGCGCAUCGUGACCUUUCCGGAAAAUGAAAACCGCCUCAUGGCCAAAUCACAGAUUAAAGGCACACUGGACAACUGGAAACUGGAGAUGAAUGACUCUGGCUUUGGGAUGUUUCUGGUGGACGGGUUAGGAGCGCUACGUCACACGUGAUCAGCAGAAGCCCGACCGAACUGAUUUCAGGGCUGCUCGUUUGAGUCACAUCACUUUGAUCUACUCAGGACUUGUUUUUAAUGCUCUGAUGAGCAGGACUCCACUAAUGUCCACAGACUCUCUUGGCUAAUUUGGCAAUGCCUUCAGCUUCCAAAAAGAGUGGCUCUUUCACGUUCUGGCCACAUUAUUCAAAUGCAACAAACUUUUGUUUGUCUACAACAAAAGCUCAGAAAAUGCUAAAUCUAGAGACGUUGGGCCUAAACCAAUAAGCAAUGCUUCUUAAGCACUAUUUAUAAUUUAAAUAUAUUUAUGUGUGUAACAUGUUAAAUAUUUGCAAUAUUUAUAUUUGUUUUGUUUUUUUUUGUAUACUGUACAUAGUGUGUUUAAACAUUUGUAGACAUCACUACGUGUGCGAGGCGUCAGACCGAACCCUUUCGUUCACUGAUUGCAUGUACUGUAUUUAUUCUACUGAUGUUUAGGUGCAUCACAGAAAUAAUGAGUGAACCUUGACCAGCACAUCAACACUAGUGCCUUGGUUGGGUCUGUACGUUUCGCUGUACGUUCAAAACUCAAAAAGCUGCAUGUGUGAAUGUGCGUGAACAUCUCUUCACGAGCACGCACUUGUGUUGUGCGUCUGGUGUGAAGGAAAGCACCGUAUGAAUGCAAACAAACUCAGGAACUCUAGAGAUGAAUGUAAUGACAGUGUGUGAAAUGCUUUAUUUUGUAAACUCAGAGUAUGUAAUAAAAAUGCAAAAUGUUAAAUUUACAUAACUGUGGGCUGU